AUGGGCCUAGGCUUGCCCCGGAUCGGCGGUGGCUGGGUCCCCUCGGUAUCUGGGCGCCUGGGGGGACCGCCCGGGGUCCUGGCGCUGAUUCCCGGGGACCCAGGUUCUCCCCACCCCUGCCGCAAGCACCCCUUCCCCCUACGGAACCGGGCUAGCCCCUCCUGGGAAGCAGGGAAGAGGGUCCCACGCUCCUGGUGCAGAGGGAAGGGAGAGAAAAGGCCCAACAGCUUUGUGGCCCCAACCUCCCAGCAGGGGGCCGCCCACACAGGGGGCUUCCAGCCUAGGCUUCUGGGCCUUGGGCCUGAGCUGGGCUCGAAGUUCAGUUUGAGCUGCUUCCAGGACACAACGCUGGAGCUACAGAGAGACCCAGGGGGUCAUUGGGCUUCUGCUCAGCCUGCCUGGCCUGGGUGGGGAGAACCUGGGUCCCCGGGAAUCAGCGCCAGGACCCCGGGCGGUCCCCCCAGGCGCCCAGAUACCGAGGGGACCCAGCCACCGCCGAUCCGGGGCAAGCCUAGGCCCAUUUCCCUGAGAGAGACACUGAGACCACAGCCUGGGGAGAAGCACGGCUCGCACCCAGUGUGGACUGGACAGGAAGCUCAGCCCCCUGAGACCCCACGGGCCUGGGUACAAGCCAGAGCAAGGAGGAGGAAGGAGGGAAGAAUGGGCCCCAGGCUCCUGCCCCCCAGGACCCCCCAGGACUCAUUGACGUUCAAGGAUGUGGCUGUGGACUUCACCUGGGAGGAGUGGGGCUACCUGGACACUUCCCAGAAGGAGCUUUACUGGGAGGUGAUGUUGGAGAACUACAGGAACCUGGUCAGCCUGGGCCUUGUAGAUUCCAGCAUGGAUGUGAUCUCUCAGCUGGAGGCAGGGGAAGCACAUUGGAGUCUAAGUGACAGUGUCCUCAACACCUGCAGGCCAGAUUGGGAUGCCAGGCCUCAGACCAAGGAGUCUUCUCCAGAGAUGGGCAUUUCUGUGGAAGACUUAUCCCAGCAAAGGACCUUGUGGGAUGACCCAUGCAUCUCCAGGAUGGGACAAAUCUGGGAGUAUUAUGACAGAAUAAAGAGAGAUCAGAGCAAUGAGGAGAAACUUUCUAGGCAAGGAAAAGUAAUCCAGACAGAAACUGGUGGUGAAGUCAGAGCUUCUGAUUACAGUAAAUAUGACCAAACUUCUAACCCAGAGCCAGUCCUUUUGCCACAGCAGGGAGUGUCUUUAGUAAUGAAUCUCCACAAAGGUGCUGAUCAGAGAAGGAGCUUCACCAUGGAGUCAGACCAAAGAUAUUGUAAUCUGAUCUAUUCACAGAAGAAAUAUUCUGAGGUUAACAAAUGUCAGAAAGCCUUCUCUUAUGAUUUUGAUCUCAUUGACAAACAAAAAAUUCAUGGUGAAGAGGGACUUUAUGAAAGUGGGAAUUCUUUCAUAGUGUAUAAUGAACUUAAUCUACCCCAGGGAACUGAUCCAGGAGAAACAUGUUAUGAAUUGACUCAAUGUGGGAAGACAUUCUCUCAAAAAGCAGAUCUUAAUCAACAUUCUGGUAGUCAGAGGAAAACCAAAUCUUAUGAAUGCAGUGAGUGUGGAAAGGCUUUCCACCUUAAAACAGGUCUUACUCAGCAUUUCAGAAUUCAUAGUGGAGAAAAACCUUUCAAAUGCAAUGACUGUGGAAAGUCUUUCUGCCAGAAGAUAGACCUUAUACGACAUUUCAGGAUUCACACUGGAGAAAAACCUUUUAAAUGCAGUGACUGUGGGAAAGCCUUUCCACGGAGCACAACCCUCACUCUACAUCAGAGAACUCACACUGGAGAGAGACCCUAUGAAUGCAAAGAAUGUGGGAAGACAUUCAGUCAAGGCUCUAAACUUUCUCGGCACCAGAGAAAUCAUAGAGGAAUAAAACCUCAUGAAUGCAGAGUGUGUGGGAAGGCCUUCUCCCAGAAGUCUGAUCUCACUCGUCAUGGUAGUGUUCAUACUGGAGAGAAACCAUAUGAAUGCUCUGAAUGUGGAAGGUUCUUUCGCCAGAAAUCAGGUCUUAAACAACACUUUAGCAUUCAUAGUAGAGAGAAUCCUUAUGAAUGUAUCUAUUGUGGUAAAGCCUUUCCCCUUAUUGCAGAAUUAGCUAGACAUCAAAGAACUCACACUGGAGAGAAACCCAAUGAAUGCAUAGAACAUGGGAAGACAUUCAGUCAAGGUUCUAAACUUUCUCAGCACCAGAAAAUUCAUAGAGCAAUAAAACCUCAUGAAUGCAGGGUAUGUAAAAGGGUUUUCUCUCAAAAGUCACAUCUUACACAACACUACAACAUUCAUACUAGAGAGAAACCUUUUAAGUGCAGUGAUUGUGGAGAAGCCUUUGCACAGAGCACAACACUGACUCAGCAUCAGAGGACUCACACUGCAGAGAAAUCCUAUGUGUGCAAUGAAUGUGGAAAGGCCUUCACUCAGAAAGGUCUUCCAGUACAUAUUGCAAAAAUACAUCCUAGAAAGAAAUCUUAGGAAUGUAAUGACUGUUGGAAGGCAUUCUCAGGGAUCACAGCAUUAACUUAACCUCAUAGAUUUUGUUAUGGUGAAAACCUCAUUAAUAAAAUCUUGGAAAGCAUACUUUUAUCUGGAAGAGACUCCUUGAAAAAUUUACUCAAUAUUGAACAGGAACCAUACACAUUUAGUGC